CACGGAGUGGAACAUGAGCUGACCGCGACAGAGCGUGAGCGGCCUGGAAACAGUUGGAGCAGGUCGGAGAUGUCAGCACAGCCACUGAAAUUAGCCUGCGGACAGAGAGGAACCGAGGUCAUACACAACAACAGACAGCAAAAACAGAAGCCAAGUACCUGGCUACAGAGCAGCUUCAGUGCACGUUUGCAGGAGCCCUUGUGGGCGGGACAUCAUCAGUCUCGUGGCCAUAGCAGAGGUGAGACACCAAGGAGAUCACAGGCAAGGCGAUGAGCGAAGAGUCUGUCAACAGACACACGCACACAGUGUCUGCCGGCGAUCACACGACUACAGGUUGCUGGCAUCACAGCAGUGCGACCCUAACUCAGUCCUCCCUUCACCCUCAUCCCGAGACGCGAGUGGACCAGUGGGCUCUGCGCUGGCCAUGCCCCACCCAAGGCUGUGUGUGUUCAGCUGCCUGCUGCUGCUUCUGCCCGGCCACCAGGCCUUCCUGCCCAACUUCUGGUCCCAGAUCUUGACGAUGUCUUGGAGUUCACACACACACCAAUACAUGACGGAGCAGGCCCUGCUCAACGUCACACUGGCAACACUGGGUGCCAUGGACAGAGACAUUGCAGGGAAGGGAUCCUGCAGGGACAGCGGCAGACUCACAGCAUCCCCUCCACUUCAGGACAGGUUGGGCCGGGAGUUCUGGCAUGCAGUUGGGGAGGUUGUGAGAGCCAACGCUGCCAUGGACUUCCUGAGUGCCACGCGGUCAGACCCGGUGUACCACUUCGACUCCGAGCAUGUGGAGGAGGCUGCUGCCAUGCUUCGGGAAUUUUGGGUCCAGACCCUGUUCUCUGUCCAGGCCAAGAAGUACCAAGGAGCCCGGCAGAGUCUGGGACAGCUGCUCCACUCCCUACAGGAUUUCUACAGCCACAGUAACUGGGUGGAGAUGGGACAGCGCUCCUUGUACCUUCAUUUGCUGCACCCAGAGGAGCCUUCAAUACCAGUGGCCUCAGAGGACACUCCAACCUGCACUGACUGUUACACAAGCAGCUGCAGGAACAACAUCCUGAGCCAACUCACGGAGGGACAGCACACCCCUCUGCUCACCACGGGGUACUUCAGCACUCAGCCCAAGAAACCACCAGGUAAGUGCAGCCAUGGUGGGAUCCUGGACAGCAGCCGGCACCACGGGGCCCAGGGCGGCAUCAACAAGGACAGCACCUCCCCCUUUUUCUCCCCGCACCACUAUCUCCACGAAGAGGCUGCCCAGCUUGCCACUGCGGCGACCAGGGCCGUGCUGCUGGACCUGCGGGAAGCUGUGGGAGCCUCCAGCUUCCUUAGGCUGUUCAGCGUGGGCCAGCAGCCGGCCCUCGUGUUCGUCAUGGACACCACAGGCAGCAUGUUCGAGGAGAUCACAGCCGCCCGCCUCCGCGCCCUGUCCAUCAUCCGGGCUCGUGCCAAAGACCAGCAGCAGCCAAGCACCUUCAUCCUGGUGCCCUUCCAUGACCCAGGGGUAGGUCCUGUAUACGAGACGGACAAUCCAGAGCAGUUUAUGAGGCAUAUGGAAAGCCUGCUGGCCCUGGGGGGCGGAGAUGAACCGGAGAUGUGCUUCUCGGCAGUGCUGUUGGCCCUGACUCACAGCCCCCCCCUGUCAGAAGUGUUUGUCUUCACCGAUGCCUCCCCCAAAGAUGCUCACCUGUAUGAUGCGGUGGAGGCCCUGAUGCGGGAGAAGCAGUGCAAGGUCAGCUUCCUGUUAACGGAGGACCUGAGUUCCGUGGGGUGGAGAAGAGAGAUAAGAAGAGUGAGGCAGGCCUUGUCCCCAGAGCGGUUCUCCCUCUACUACAAAUUGUCCUCCGUGUCAGGGGGGUUGACCAUCGCUACCACCAACAGUGACAUCCAAAAGGUGUCUGCCAUUGUGCAGGACAACAUCUCUGCCGGCAAGGUCACCCUGCUGCAUGUGGACAGUGAUUCUGUCUCCACCUCCUCCCACUCGUUUCACGUGGACCGUGCGGUGAAGUCGGUGAUGGUGCACCUAGCCGGUGUGCUGAAGAGCUCCAUCCUCACCAGCCCUACAGGUCGAACCCAGUCCCUGCUGGAGCAGCGGCGGCCCCUGGCUCACCUGGAGAUGUCUCAUGGCCUGUAUAGGAUCAGCCUACUGCCCCCCAUUGAGCAGGGCACCUGGAGGCUCCAUGCAGAGUCAGACGGCCACAUUACCAUCCAAGCCAUAGGUGACAGCAGUGUAGACUUCCUGUACUAUUUCGCUGUGCUGGCUAAUGGCACCCACCCGGGUUUGGCCAGGGUGCAGGGCACCCCUGUGGCAGGUGUGCCUACCUUUCUGGUACUUUCCAUAAUAGGCCUGUCCCCAGAUGACAAGGCUUCUAUCAGCCAUGUAACUUUGGUGGGCAGCAGAGGAGAAAGCCUUCUGGUGGUGCCACUCAACUCUUCCUCGUCAUCCUCUUCCUCUAGCGAGGAGCUGGUGGGGAGGAUAGAUUCGAUGCCCAGGGAGCCCUUCAGCCUGAGGCUGUCUGGAAGAGAUGGGAGGGGGAACAGGCUGGAGAGAGUCUCCACUGAGAUGAUCCAGCCCACGCAUGUGCAGAUACAGGUUCUUUCCAUACCCCUCCUGAUUCCUGGUGAAACUGCCAUGGUGCGUUUUGACUUGUGGAACCACGGCCCUGCCCGGCAAUUCACGCUAACCGCCGAAGACGACCACGGGUUCCUCUUACAGAAAGGUCCUCACAGGCUCUCUGCUGGUGAGGGAGGUCGGGUGAGAGGGGAGGUGCUGCUGAAAACCCCGAACGCCUCCGAAGCCGGGGAAGGGGUGACGCUCACUCUGAGUGCCCGUGCGCUGGACACCGCAGACUCCAACUAUGCUGUGGUGCGGCUGAGCGUCGUCGUGCAGGACCACGAUGCCACCCCCCCGACUUGUUUGGCAAUACACGUGGAGGCUUCCUGCACUGCAGACUGCAGCCGUGGCAGAUGGACCUCUUCUCUAAGGGUGGUGGACAGGGGGAGGGCCGGCCUGGCUGCUCUGCAGGUCUCUGAGGGCCGGGGCAACCUCUCUAUUUUCCAGGAAGGAGGUCAGUCUGAAGGAGGAGACAACAAUGACCUCGUGGAGCCGCGAGUGGGACAUGGUCAGACCAAGCUUGACGUGCCUGCCGGGCUCCGGGGGCGGGCUCUGAAAGUGAGCUACACCUCCAGCUGCUGCUUCCCCCAAGCCGAGCUGCUGGUAUGGGAUAGAGCAGAAAACAUGAAGCGCUGCCAUCUGUCGGCCAGCCAGCAGGGGGCGAUAAUGGAAAGCACUAGUGCUGUUUGGAGGACUGAAAUCACACUGUUUGUCAUGCUGCUGAGUAUCCUGUGGCCAAUACUGAUGUAGAAUCAAAUCAAACUUGAUUCUUUCCCAAAAUAGCAUAUUACCAAGUGUGGGUUGUGCUUGUUGAAGUCUGUUUUCCAGCUCUGUUCUGGCCCAUUUCUAAUGGACACAUUUGGCUUUGGACUGUGUUGAACCUGGCCACAUAUUCAGAAGUGAGGAAAUUCAUCAUUCAACUUUGUUUGAUUACAUGGUUUACUGAGAGAAGAUUUUAAAAGUAUUGUAGGUCAUUUUGUAAUGGCUGCAAAACUUUACACAGGUCUGCACAUCUCUGAUCAUGUCCUUUGUCUUUGCUUUUUAAGUCCGUUAUCAGUAGCCUGGGAAAACAAGGUCAGACUAUAGCCGCUUAAAUAAAGCAAAUAUUCAAAACAUUCAUAAGCAGGAAUCUUGCAGAGCUGCUUCUCCGAAAUGUUUUUAAAUGCCACAAAUCCUCGUUUGUCUGGUGCUGGAGACAGUGUCAGUCUGCCUCACUGCCCGCCCCGUCUCCGGUCAUGUGCUGCCGAAAAAGCCAGCGGCUCCUCCUCAAACAGACCCCAAGGAGAAGAAAUACAGCUGUCAGCAGGACUAAAGCUUGGAGCCAGCAGCACUACAAAGCAGAAGGUAGAAAGUACAAACAUAAAACACCAUGUAACAAACAUAACAAACACAAUGUAACAAACAUAACAAAUACCAUGUAACAAACACCAUGUAACAAACAUAACAAACACAAUGUAACUAACAUAAUGUAACAAACAUAAACAACACGACAAACCCAAUGUAACAAAUGUGACAUAAGAAACUUAAUGUAAUAAAGACAACGUAACAUGUGACAAACAUAACAUAACAAACACAACAAAUAUAAUAUAACACUGAAUUGAGUAGUGAGCAGUGCAAGGAAUAUUGAUUUGGGCCCUGAAAUGAGAGCAGAAAGUACACUCAUAGGGGAAGAAGGAAACCAGAGUACCUGGAGGAAACCCCACGAUGACAUGGGGAGAACAUGCAAACUCCACACACAUGUGACCCAGGCAGAGUGCACCACCAUGC